AGAGAAGAAACACCACAUCAAACCCAUGAAGUCACGAUUAAGAGAGAAGAAUCGACAUAUGAAAUGAAUGAAAUCGCAGGAUCUUCGCUUUUUAAUAGGAAUAUACAUGUGAUUAAAAGAGAAGAUGAAACUCAUGAAAUCACGAUUAAGAGAGAAGAAUCGAUACAUGAAACAAAUGAAACCACCGGGUCUUCGUCUUUUAGUAGAAAUAUACGUAUGAAUAAGAAAAAGAAAACGCGAUAUGAAAUAAAUAAAGAAUCUUCGCUUUUUGCUAGGAAUAUACGUGCAAAUAAGAGAGAGGAAGCGCAUAAAUGCUUAAAGGAGGGCAGACUUCUCAAAGCAUUAAACCUUUAUGAAGAAGUUCUCAGGAGCAGUAGGCAUGCUGCGG